AUUAGUCUCUAUUUAAUGCCAAUGUAGUGAAACUAUUUUCUCAUUAUGACACAGCUCCAGACUUAAUUCAUGUGGAAAUUCACCAGAGAGUAUUGCUACAGUUUUCACUGAUGCAGCCAGAAUAUGGAAUGCUUAUUGGGUGGUUUUCCUGCCCAACUCGUGAUUGCAAUAAUGAGUGGGACAAGCAUUGGAUAGCUGACAUCUAUUUCAUGGAUAAGGUACAUUUCGAAAAUCCACAUUACAGUGCGUUCCUCAACGGGACUUUACUUAUCAAGAAAGUUCUCCCCAUGUAUGAUGAAAGAUACUUUAUCAUGCGAGUGAGAACGGGUACAGGAGACGAGCCAAACAUUUACCAUCUUAAAAUAGUACAAGAGCGCCCAGUUUUGACACUGGUCAGUCAACAAAAUAUAUAUGCCUUUGAAGGGAUGGACGUUUUUCUUGAAGCUCAGGUGAAGGCCUACCCCUAUCCACGGGUUUCUCUGAGUCGUGUCUUGGAGUCAAAUGAAAGUGUCAUACAGGAGGCAUCCAACGUCAGUUCUCAAAUACUGAUGAAGAUUCCAAGCAUCACUAACGCUGACAGUGGUGACUAUGUCCUAUACACAGAGAAUACUGUUGGAAAUGAUACUGUCACUGUGAGGGUUAAUGUGGAAGAGGAUUAUUACACAUUGAAAACUAUGGCUGAGGUGUCUGCUGUGUUUUUUCUGCAUUCAGGCAUCCCAGGCCGUUUAUCCUCACCACCGCCAGAUACCCCAACUUCUUUGUCUUCAUCUGGUCCAGGUUAUAUCCCAAGCUCGGAGGCUCCUAACCUUAUAGACCCUCCUCCCUUAGAUGGAGGCAGCAAAUACAUGAAGGUUACGACAGCACUUGCGAUAAUAAUUCCUCUAGCGUUGAUAUGCAUAGGAUUAUUGUUAAAAAUAAUUUGUUGCAAAACUUGUAACUGUCACCUAAAUCGAAGCCAGCUGUAUAAUUUUAAAGACCGCAACAUAGCAGGUACUCGUAGUUGCAAGGGCGAUACUGAGGCAUCCGCGAAUAGCGUUAGAUAUGUUAACAAUUCAACAGCAGGUCAUGCGUGUUCACUGUAGAGUGCUCAUGGAAUUUAACCGUAGUUUUGUUAUUGGUUAUAUUUUUUGCUCUAUGACGGUACUUAGUAUGGAUUGUUUCCAUUAAUUUUAUUUUUAUUUUUGACCCUGUAAACUGAUGUAUCAGUGACACAUUUCUUUUCAAGUUAGAAAAAAAAGUUUAUGAUGUCAGUACGUUACAAGCUGUAAAACUGCGAUAUUUUUUAAAAGAUGUUGUUUAAUUUUUUUUAUAUUUAUUUCCUGGUAUUAUCGAAAUGUAAGCUGUUUUUUUU